AUUUUCACAAAGAUUUGCAUUAUUGGUACCAGAUUUUUUUCUUCUAAUCACCCAAAAAUAUCUUCUUUUUUCUCCUCUGCAAUCAAACUCAGUUAACCAUCGUUUUCUGGACUUUUGAUAAUAAAACUGGGUGAUAUUCUUUCUGGUGAAUAUUGAAGUUAAACAGUUUUUGGUUGCUGGAAAUGGAGAACGCUUUGCUGCAGCAGAUGGUUCCUCGUCAGUUUUUGGAUGAAGAUGGAGCUAGGGCCGAGAUGGGAUGUGGAAAUUAUGGGUGCUCGCACUAUAUGAGGAGAUGCAAGAUCAGAGCUCCAUGCUGUGAUGAGAUAUUCGAUUGCAGACACUGCCACAAUGAAGCAAAGAAUUCUAUAGAAGUUGAUCCACUCAAGCGGCAUGACAUUCCUAGACAUGAAAUCAAAAGGGUCAUUUGUUCCUUGUGCAACACUGAGCAAGAUGUUCAACAAAGAUGCGUCCAAUGCGGGGUUUCUAUGGGGAAGUACUAUUGCUCAACGUGCAAUUUCUUUGAUGAUGAUGUUUCGAAGAAUCAAUACCACUGUGACAAAUGUGGAAUCUGCAGAACGGGAGGCAAAGAAAAUUUCUUUCACUGUAAUAGAUGUGGAUGUUGCUACUCAAAUUUGAUGAAGGAUUCACAUAUUUGUAUAGAAAAAGCAAUGCACCACAACUGCCCAGUUUGCUUUGAGUUUGUUUUUGAUACCACGAAAAAUAUUACUGUUUUGCCUUGUGGACACACUAUGCAUCUUGAAUGUGUGAUGGAGAUGGAAAGGCAUUAUCAGUAUUCUUGCCCCGUUUGCUCGAAAUCAUUUUGUGAUAUGUCCCGGGUAUGGGAAAAGCUUGAUGAGGAGGUUGCCUCGACACCUAUGCCGGAGAUGUAUCAAAAUAAGAUGGUUUCGAUCCUUUGCAAUGACUGUGGGAAUUCAUCUGAGACUAAGUUCCACGUUCUGGCACACAAGUGCCCUAACUGCAAAUCCUACAACACAAGGCAAACGAGAGGAGGCGCCACUUCAUGCUCAUCUAGGGUCACCGAAGUUGUUAGAGGAUGAACCUCUCUUAGACGAGGCUCAAGAGCAGAAUAUCCAAGCUAUUACUGGCAGUCAAGAAGCAAAAAUCCAGACAUCGAAUCAUCCUUCAUUCUUUCUGGUCUAUUUGCUCUACCCUUCCGUUGCCCGUUGGGGAGCAUCAUCACGCACGGCCAUCAUUGCACCAUUUAUGUGCAUACAGGGUAAUGAAUCGAUAUCUUUAGCUAAUUAUAGUUUCCAAUCGCCAAUAAUUAUAAAAGCAGUACGUGGUAGUUGUUGCCAGUAAAUGAGACCCUUUACUGGAACCUCAAGAACUAUUUCUGAAGAACCAAGUUCUUCGAGAACUACAACUUUAGAUCAAACUACUAGUUCUACAUGGGUAGGAAGACUUUUUAGACCUAAUCAGAGUAGAAAUACUCAGAUUAUAGAACAAAUUGUUAAUAUUGACAGAGACACUGAGGUAAUGUCAAAUGACUUUAUCAA